AGAAGAUCGCCUCUCCGUUCAAGAGCUCGUUGUUGGCCAGCAGGAGCUCUGUGAGGGAAGAGCCUGAGACGCAUGCCACUGAGGACUUCGGUACACCUGCCACUCCGAGUGUCAAUGAAUCGCCGCUUAGGACGGCGGAUAUUGCGGAAGAUAUGGAGGUCGAGAGCGAAGAGGAACAAGAUCAGUUGCUGGAUGAGGAAGGUGAUGAGGAGGAUGUGACGAGGGAAGUUCACGCGAAAUCUCCGCCCGCUGCCGAUGAGCAGGAAGAUGAUACUCUACAUGGGGAUGUCAACGAGUAUGAUUCGGAGGAGACACUGGAGUAUGACCAGGAGGAUGAUAUGCCCAAGGGUGUUGACCAACAAGCCCAACACGCCGAGGAUGCCGACGAAGAAGCCCCCGAGGAUGUUGAUGAGCUUACCGAUGAAGCUGCUGACGAGCCAGUGGAAGAGGACAUCGAGGAUCUGCCUGAACAGCCUCUCGAGGAGCUCGUCGCGGAUGAUGUCGCGGAGCUGGAAGAACAGACUCAAGCACCCGUUGAAGACUCUGGUGAUGAAACAGUUUCCGAGCCAGAGGAAGAGCUGGAAGAGCCUGCGGAGCCUACUGGGCUGGUUUCAUCUGGCUUUGAAGAGAACCUCUCUGAGGAUGGCGAGCACGAGGCCGAUGAGCACACCGAAAACGGUGUGGAGACAGCUGAUCCCUCACUGGAAGACGCCGACGACCUGGAUGACAGCCCUGUUGACUUGACUGAGGAUCAUCAAGAAGCAGAUGCCGAGGAAUCGGCACCUCAAACUGCUCAGACCCAAGAAGAGCUCGACCAAGAGGAACAGCUCAAGCACCUUGAAUUGGAAGUGGAACGGGAAUUCCGAGAGAGCCUUAAGAACCCAUCCAACCCGGGACUCACGAACAGCCUAGUCGAAGGCCUGGAAGACGUCUUUGUCGAACCCCCUGUUUCCGAAUUCGACGAGAUCCGCGACGGUUCAGAAACCGAGGACGACCUAGAAAUGCAAGAAGCCGGCGAACACGAAGAGGCAGACUUUGACGACCAGUUCGAUGAGCAGGACAUGGACGACCAAUCUUUCGACGAAGGCGAACCCACCCUCGUGCCGGCCGACACCACCAUUCAGCUCUCGCCAAACAAACAGCCAAUCCAGGCUUAUGAGGUCGAAGAACCCGAGGACUCCACGACCUUCAGUCCUACCCGCCAAGUAUACUACAGAUUCAGACGCGUGCUGUCUCCCGUGCGUGUUCUCGACGGAUCCCCCGAGCAGCGCCGUCAUAUGAGCCCUAUUGGUGUGCACCUUGACGAGACAGUCACUGCAGACAAUCAGAUCGGAGACGAGGAGAUCAACGAGGAUCCGUUUGUUGAGCCUAAACAGGCGACUCCUCGUCGUCGGCUAUCAACUCGGAGAGCGCUAUUCGAUAAUGCCCCGCGUUUUACUCCUCUGGCGCAGCAGUUCAGUCAGUGGAAGGCGAGUAGCCCUGAAAAGCUCCAGCCGAGGCGUUCCAGGCGCGGUGUCUUCUCUUUGGGUGGAGGGUUGGGGAGGUCUACGGAGGUUGAGAGUACUCCUGAGCUGGAGGAGGUCGCGUAUCCGGAUGUUUCUGGGCAGGUGCAGGCUGAGGAUGUGGUUGAAGUGUCUGAUGAUGUCGCUGAGGAGCCUGAGGAAGUCGCUGAGGAGCCUGAGGAAGUCGCUGACGAGCCUGAGGAAGUCGCUGACGAGCCUGAGGAAGUCGCUGACGAGCCUGAGGAAGUCGCUGACGAGCCUGAGGAAGUGCCUGUGUCUGGAGUGCCUGAGGCCCAGUCUGAGGUACCCGAUGAAGCACCCGAAGUGCCUCAGGAAGCAGAGUCUGGACUACAUGAUGAAGCAUCCGAAGUGCUCGAGGAAGCGCAGUUCGAAGUGCCCCACGAAACUACUCAGCCAACCGAGGAGCCUCAGAUUUACGAAGACUCCGAGUCGCAGUCAACCUUGGAACUGGAGCCCGAGGAGUCGAGGCAGCCGAUGGCGGAAAUGGCCCACCCGGAACCCAGUCUGGUUGAGGUCGAGAAUGACCUCAACCAGACAUCAGUGGCCAACAGCCCUACGCAUGAAUCUCAGCCCGUGGAUGUCAGCGAUGACCGGGAGACUGAUUUCAAUGAGGAAUUAGUUUCCAGUCCUGCACAUGACACGCAAGGGGAGAACAAGGAGAACACGCACAUUCCAGUCCUCACUCCUUUCACACCGAUGAAGCUCAACCCCUUUCAAAUGCAAACCGUCCACACAGUGUCCAAAGUUCCGCUGAAGCCUGAAGGUUUCGUAUCACCGUUGAAGGUCUCCCGCAAGCGAGGCCUUUCGCUCUCCGGUGCUUCGCCAGGUCGGUCUUCAAGACCUCGCAUCUCGAGUUACGCUCCCGCCCAGGGACCCGCCCCGUCUCUCUCGCCCCGCAAGUCACCGAGGAUCCAACGCGCCGCGGAACGGCGGUCUGUCAGUCAGCCAGCAGAAACACAGGCAAUGAUGGAGCAAAGACCGGGAUCGGCCAAACGGGCUCACACCCCAAGCCCGACCAAGAAGGCUAAAACCCCUCGCAAGAGCCUCACUGCACCCAAACUGCCUCUCCAGGGCGCUGUGGUGUACGUGGAUGUCCACACCACCGAGGGAGAAGACGCCAGCGGCAUCUUCAUCGAGCUCCUGCAGCAGAUGGGGGCGCGGUGCGUGAUGAAAUGGUCCUGGAACCCCCGUGCAAGCCAGUCCCCAGAGGAGAACAGAGUGGGUAUCACUCAUGUCGUCUUCAAGGAUGGAGGCGUCCGGACGUUGGAAAAGGUCCGCCAGGCGCGCGGACUCGUCAAGUGUGUCGGUGUUGGCUGGGUUCUCGACUGCGAGCGUGAAAACAAAUGGCUCGACGAAUCGCACUACCAAGUCGACAGCUCCAUCAUUCCGCGCGGCGGCGCCAAGCGGCGGAAGAGCAUGGAGCCCCGCGCCCUCAGCAACAUCAACGGCACGCUCGUCAAGACCGACGCCUCCCUCUCCGCCGCCCACCGCCGCCGCUCCGGCAUCGACGCCGCCAAAGAAGCCUUCGUCCGCGACACCACGGACUCCUCCGCUUCUUCUUCUUCUUCUUCCACCACCACCACCCCCACCCUCCACCACCACAACCACAACCAUCCCCAGGAAUCCUCCUCCUCCACCACCCCCGACUCCACCGCCGGCCACACCGAAGCCGACCAGACAUACUGCCACACCCCCAAAACCCCGGCUACACCUUCGACAUGGACGCCAUCGGCAUGUCCCCCGCCACGCCGUUCUAUCUGUCCCAGCGCAACAAACUCGUCCAGCAGACUUGUCCGCCCAAGCAGAUCCGACAGGGCCUGUUCUCGACGACCCCUGCUCGGGAGAAGGAGCCGAGUCAGAAGCUCCGGGCCAAGCUCGAGGCCGCCAGACGGAAGAGUAUGGCGUAUAAGCCGAGAGUGGGGAGUCCGCUUGUUGAGUAGGAAGUGAGUGAGUGAGUGGUUGAUUGAGUGAUGGAUUAUAUUUGUAGUUAGUCCGAUGUGGAUUUUGUAUCUGUUUGUGUAUCGCAUUUAUGGAGUACUGGGUUGGGUACAUACCCCUUUUGUUGUGGUUGGUUGGUUGGUUGGUUGGUUGGGUG